GGAGGAAGUAACGUCGCAGGGACAACACAGGCAGCUCCUUUACAAAAAGAUUCGUUUUGUAUGAAAAACACGCCUGUAAUGUAACGCCGUCAAGUCACUCAAAAUAAGGAUAUGCCUUAAUGUAUUUCAUACCUGAGGCCCGGAUCAGCGAGACGACCUCUCGUCCGUACAUCAUCCACAUGAGGAAUGCUGGGAGCAUGCAGCCCGCGUACAGACGAGAUGCUGGAGUGUGGCACCAGACCAGAAGUCUCCUCUACAAGAAUGUGCUCAUCAAGUGGAGGACCAAGCAGCAGAGCCUGCAGGAACUGAUCUUACCCCUGCUCCUGUUGAGCCUCCUGAUCCUCAUCAGCACCCUCAAUCCUCACGUCUACUAUGGAGGCAUCAGCACCACGGAGCUGGAGCACGACAGCCACUUCUUCAAAGGCCUGGGAUACACGCCCAUCACCAACAUCACCAACCACAUCAUGGAGAUGGUCGCUCAGGAGAUGCAUAUGCAGGAUCGCCUGGACAUGUUCGCCAGCGAGGAGGAUCUGGAGAACGCCAGCCUGUACGAGCCGUCCAGCUACGUUGGCGUGGUUUUCCUGGACAGCUCGGCCUCGUCCUACAGACUCCGCUUCCCCUACAACCAGCUGCCGCUGCCCAGCGAUUACACAGAGUCCAUCGCAAACUGUUUUACCAGCUCGGUGAACUGCAGAGCGGCUAAUUACUGGUACUCUGGCUUCAUUCGCCUACAGUCUCUGAUCGACGCCGCCAUCAUCCAGAUGCAGACGAAGCGCUCGGUGUGGAGCGAGAUGGACCUGAACGUGGUGAUGAUGGGCCAGCCCGGCUCCGUGGAGGUGCAGAAGUUCCCCCACGCCCUCAUCUCCAUCUACCUGGUCCUGGCCUUCACGCCCUUCGUCACCUUCCUCAUCGUCAACGUGGCGGCCGAGAAGGAGCACCGGCUGAAAGACACCAUGACCAUGAUGGGGCUGUACGACACCGCCUUCUGGUUGUCGUGGGGCCUCCUGUACGCUGCUCUGGUGACCACCAUGUCCAUCCUGAUGGCCAUCAUCGCGACCUACACCGCUCUGUUUCCAAACAGCGACUUCUUCGUCAUCUUCUUCCUCAUCUUCCUCUACGGAAUAUCAUCUAUCUUCUUCUCCUUCAUGCUGACUCCGCUCUUCAAGAAGCCCAAGUUUGCCAGCACGGUGGGCUCCAUGCUGACGGUGGUGUUCGGCUGCCUGUCGCUCUUCACCGUGCUCAUGAAGGACUUCCCCCAGCCGCUGGUGUGGCUGCUCUGCCUGCUCUCGCCCAGCGCCUUCUCCAUCGGCAUCGCUCAGGUGGUGUAUCUGGAGGCGCAGGGAGACGGAGCUGUGUUUUCCUCGUUAGCCAACGGGCCUCACCCUCUGUACGUCCCGCUGCUCAUGCUGGUCCUGGACUGCAUCCUCUACCUCCUGCUGGCGAUCUACCUGGACCAGGUCCUGCCCGGCGAGUUUGGGAUGAGGCGGUCCUUGGUUUACUUCCUGAAGCCGUCCUACUGGUCCAAACGCAGGAAGCGGUACGUGGAAGUGAGCUCGGUGUACGACGCCGAGGCGAACGGCGCUCCAGGCGGGGACGAGUCCGUGGAGCCCGUUUCCCCCGAGUUCAGAGGCAAAGAGGCGAUCCGCAUCAACAACAUCAGGAAGGUGUACAAAGAGAAGGACAACGUGGUGGAGGCUCUCAGAGGCUUGACCUUUGACAUCUAUGAGGGUCAGAUCACGGCGCUGCUGGGACACAGCGGUGCCGGGAAGUCCACACUGAUGAACAUCCUGUGCGGGAUCUGCCCCCCCACCCAGGGCUCGGCCACCAUCUACGGGACGCCCGUGGCGGAGAUCGCGGACGCGUCAGAGAUGAAGCAGCUGGUGGGAAUCUGCCCGCAGUUCAACAUCAUCUUUGACGUGCUGACGGUGGAGGAACACCUCCAGAUAUUCGCCGCCAUUAAAGGAAUCCGGCCUGCAGACAUCGACACUGAGGUUUCCAAAGUGCUGAAGGAUCUGGACCUGGAGAAGAUCAUGAUGGCUCAGGCCAAGAAUCUGAGCGGAGGCCAGAAGAGGAAGCUCUCCGUGGGCAUCGCCAUCCUGGGAGACCCCAAGAUCCUCCUCCUGGACGAGCCCACCGCAGGCAUGGACCCCUGCUCCCGGCACCAGGUCUGGUCUCUGCUGAAGAACCGCCGUGCCGGCAGAGUCACCGUGCUCAGCACACACUACAUGGACGAGGCUGACAUCCUUGCUGAUCGUAAAGCUGUGAUCUCUAAAGGACAGCUCAAGUGUGUCGGCUCCUCGCUGUACCUCAAAACGAAAUGUGGCGUUGGAUAUCAUCUCAGAAUGUCCAUCAGUGAGAGGUGUGACGCCGAGAACAUCUCCUCGCUGGUCCAGCGGCACGUCCCCAAAGCAAAGCUGUCUCGACAGCACGAGGCUGAGCUCACCUUCACGCUGCCUUUCGAGAGCAUGGACACCUUCCCGGAUUUGUUCUCCGAGCUCGACUCUCAGCCACAGCUGGGUGUCGUCAACUACGGCGUUUCCAUGACGACGCUGGAGGAUGUUUUCCUCCGUCUGGAGGCCGAAGCUGAAGUUGAUCAAGCUGACUACAGCGUGUUCAAUCGGGAGCAGGCGGAGGACGACGGCGACUGCGUCUCCCUGGACGACACGGACCAGCGGCUGCUCACCUUCUCGGACAGCAAGUCGGACGUGGUGUCGGGCCACGCCCUGUGGAGGCAGCAGUUCAGCACCGUGGCCUGGCUGCACAUGCUCAACAUGCGGCGCGAGCGGAAGGCCUUCAUUUACACUCUGGCCCUGUUCCUGGUCUUUGUGGCCGCGGUGCUGGUCUUGUCUCUGGUCACAGGAAACAUCCAGAUUCACUCCCCAGAUCGUCAGUUUUUACCCAUCUACCUCCUGAGGAGGAACCAGGCGCCCCGGAGGUACGCCACCAGCCUUCUGGUCCAGAACUCCUCAGGCUCAGAUAUUUCUGAUUUCAUCCACAACCUGGAAUCUCAGGAUAUCAAAGUGGAGGUGAUGAAACACAGCGACUACAUGUCUGCAGCUCCUCACAGCGCCGCCAUCAACGUCACAGGAUCCAGCAAGGGUUUCAGGUACAGUGUUGCGUUCAACAGCACCACGGUUCACUCGCUGCCCAUGGCUGUUAACAUCCUGAGCAACGCUCUGCUGAGGGGACUGAACGGCUCGGGGCACAUCCGAACGUGGACCAAACCGUUUGAUUAUCAAAUCCCUGAUGCCACGUCCUACGCUCUGGUGUACAUCGAGGCCAUCAUCCUGGGGAUGCUGGCAGCAGGGAUGCCUGCUUAUUUUGCGAUGGACCACACUCGAGACCGAGAGAUCAAGUGUCGCUCCACGCUGCGUAUCUCCGGUCUGGUGCCGUCUGCGUACUGGUGCGGCCAGGCGGCGGUGGACAUCCCCUUCUACUACCUCAUCCUGUCCUGCAUGACCGUCAUCCUCUUCUCCUUCCACACCGGGAACCUGCUCACCUCCAGCAACCUCACCGCUGUGGUCCUCUGCACGGUCGGCUUCGGUCCCGCCAUGAUCCUCUUCACCUACGUGUUUUCUUUCGGCUUCGCUCGAGUCCAAAGCAACAGGGAUUUCUUCUCCGUCAUCUCCAUGAUGGUGUGCGUGGUGUCGGCCACAGUGGUUCAGCUGUCGUUUGUGAACGACAACCCCGACCUGACCAGGAACCUGCACAACAUCCUGUGCUUCUUCAACCCGCUGUACCCGCUCAUGGGCUGCCUCAACUGCAUCACCAAGGCCACUUUCCUUCCUUCUCUCUACGAGGAGAACUUCUUCUGGAAGAACCUGCUGAUUGCAGUUGUCGCCCCUUACCUGCAGUGCAUCCUGCUGCUGUUCCUGCUCCGCUGGCUGGAGAUCCACUACGGAGGGAGGACCAUGAAAACCGAUCAGUUCUGCAGGAUCUCGUCCAAAGCGAAGCCCCGGACGGAGAGGAACCCGGAGGAGGGCCUGAACGAGGACGAGGACGUCCAGAUGGAGAAGGCCCGAGUGAAGGAGGCGCUCAGCUGUCAGUCCUGCGAGGAGAAAGCCGUGGUGGUGGUGAGCAACCUGAAGAAGCAGUACAAGGGACGGAGGGAAGGUUUCUCCUUCAGCAAGAAGAGCAAAGUGGCCACGAAGAACGUCUCCUUCUGCGUCCGGAAAGGGGAAGUUCUGGGGCUGCUGGGUCCGAACGGAGCAGGGAAAAGCACCAUCAUGCACAUGCUGGCCGGUGACACGGAUCCCACUGCAGGACAGGUGCUGAUGGGAGACUACAGCACCGAGCUCCGUCUGGUGGACAACCCUCUGGAGCACGUGGGCUACUGUCCUCAGGUGAACCCCCUGUGGCCCCGCAUCACCCUGCAGGAGCACCUGGAGAUCUACGCCGCCAUCAAGGGGCUGAAAGGACAGGAUGUCCCCGGCAUCAUCAAACGUGUGGUGAACGCUCUGGAGCUGAACCACGUCAACAAACAGGCCAAGAGUCUGUCGGCAGGACUCAAACGGAAGUUGUGCUUUGCACUGAGUAUGAUCGGGAAUCCUCAGAUCGUCUUAUUGGACGAGCCGUCGUCAGGAAUGGAUCCCAAAUCCAAACAGCGCAUGUGGCGGGCCAUCCGUGCUGCGUUCAAGAACCGCCAGCGUGGCGCCGUCCUCACCACGCACUACAUGGAGGAGGCGGAGGCCGUGUGCGACCGCGUGGCCAUCAUGGUGUCCGGACAGCUGAGGUGUAUCGGCUCCAUCCAGCACCUGAAGGGGAAGUACGGCCGAGGCUACAGCCUGGAGGUGAAGCUGAGGGAGGAGCUGACGGGGCUCCAGCAGGUGGCGCUGCUGCACAAGGAGAUCCUGCGGAUCUUCCCUCACGCUGCCCGGCAGGAGAGCUUCGCCACUCUGAUGGUUUAUAAAAUCCCCAUGGAGGACGUGAAGUCGCUGGCCAGAGCUUUCUCUCAGCUGGAGAGCGCAAAGCAAACCUUUAACUUUGAAGAGUACAACUUCUCCCAGUCCACGUUAGAGCAGGUGUUCAUGGAGUUUGCGAAGGAGCAGGAGAGCGAGGAGGACGAGGUGGGCUCGCUCAGCACCACCUUCCAGUGGCGGCGGCUGCGGCAGGACGGCCCGGCGUCGUCGCACGCCCACCCGGACGGCAGCGUCGUGCACCAGCUCUGACUCCGCCCACCACCCCCCCUUCUCGUGCCCCACCGCCCGGGGGCGCACGCACCUGAGCCUGGGUACACUGUGUGUGUGUGUGUGUGUGUGUGUGUGUGUAUGCACGUGUGUGUGAGUGGUUUCCGAAGCGUGCGUGUCGUGUAACCCUCGUCCAAUGGUGCUCCUUGUUUACUGACUAAAUGGGGCGGGACUUCCUCCUUUCUUGGAAGUGAUUUUUUUUUUCUUUUUUUUAAAAUGAAGUUGACGAUUAAUAUAUUCUAUUUAAACUUUAUAAUCCUUCCCAUCGUUUUGGAGGCAUUACUGUGUGUUUGUGUGGGGAAGGAGAGGAGAAGGAAAAAAAAUGAAGAGGAAGAAGAAGAAGAAGAAGAAACACUACCGGAACUUGGGAUCGAACCAAAGCCUCCUCCUCACAGGGCAACCGCUCCGUCCUCCGUGUGUGUGUGUGUGUGUGUGUGUGUGUGUGUGUGUGUGUUCUAAGUGUUUGGUAGCAUGUGCGUGGACAGGAAGUGAACCCUCCACUCACUCGUUGGACCUUUUUCCUCAUGUUUUUUUUUUUUUUUUUUUUUUUUUUUUUUUUUUAAACACCAGCAUGCACAUCUUCUCACGUCCACGCCCGAGCGUCUCCGGCCCGGAGGAAUGUAGUGUAGAUUAUGCACACACACCAGUAUAUGUAGCACACGCAAGAAGGCACGGGGAGGCGGGGUUUGGGGGGACAGGAAGCCUCCGAUCCGAAGGACUUUUUCCUGUGAAUGUACGACUCGGCCGGGAGCGCCCGCCGCCACUCCGGUGCCACUUUUUUCAAAUCGCGCCGCCGCGUUUUGUGUGUUUCUCACGUUGUAUAUACAGUUUCUGCAUCAUCUCGGGGCAGGGGUGUAACACGCACUCUGAAAAAUCUCAGCUCGUGCAGGAAAAGGUGCAAAAUGCAGGAAACCUGCAUUUUGCACCUUUUCCUGCAGGAGCAGAGAUUUUAAAGUUUGACGGUUUUUCUUUGCCCUCAAUGCGGACUGGCAGGCUGCAACCUGCAUUGUGCUGCCAUUCUAGUCCCGUAUACACACACACACACACACACACAUACACACGCAACCCGACAAAUUGUAAUCAUCUCCAUGACAUUCAGGUGCGACAACGUUGGCUUAAAAAGGGAAUUUAAAAAGACUUUUGACUUGUGUUUUGGUGAUAUUUUUGUGUCUACGGUGUUGUUUUCCUCUCAGCAUCAGCCCAGUUCCCUGGGAAAUUAAAAAAACAAAAACAAAAAAACUUUAUUUCAUUGCUGGAGUUUCAGCCUGAUGCAUGAUGUGUUCGGGGUUUUUUUGUGGUUGCCUUGAAGGAAUCUUUUGGUAUGUAAGGACCCGUUUACAUGACAACGUUUGGAGUGAAGAAACGCGUUGUUUUUUUUGCGUUUUCGUUUCGGGGAAGUUUACACACUUUGGAAAUACUGUCCAUUUCCAUGGAAACGGACUCCGUGCAUGUGCAGCAGCUAUGUUUCAGCAAUUUUACGGUUUUCCUCGUUUCCACGGAGACAGAGUAGGAGCAUUUUCAACAAGUGGCAUUGUUUCUUAGUUUCUGUACCGAUGGGGCGUUUUCAACAAGUUCCACCUUGGGCACUGUUUUCUUAAAGUUGUGUUUUCAGCUCUGAGCACCGUUGUCGUGUAAACAGACACCAAAACACAAUGAAGGUUUUUGCAUUUUCACUUGAAAACGGAGCCUCAAGCUCCCUGGACUUAUUUUAAAUGUGGCACCAGAUUUCAGUCAAACAUCCUGAAUUUUUAUUUCCUGGUGUAACUUUUUAAUGACUUUAAUCUCACUGUAGUGGAUGCUAUUUUAGCCAAGUGUUUAUGGCAAAAUCCAUCAUCAUAUCAACUUCCCGGUUUAAAGAGAAGAAAAAAAAAAGCCCUCCAGAUGUCUGGAUCCCUGCAACACUCUGA